CAGAUUCGGGAUCCUCAUGUACUUCUAGCCCUACCCAUCCCUCAUCCGGUAAGACCGGGAAGCAGGACAUCUGGACCGACGAAGCAGAAUUUGCAUUUCUUGCAGCCGAACUCUAUCUACCUCCCACAACAGCGAACAAAGUCAUGUUCAUGCAGAAACCAUGCGGGCGCAACGAAAUCAUCGCUCUAAUUAUCACCAUGGCGCUCGGAAAGCAUAUGACGCGAAAGCAAGUCUCCUCCCACCUUCAAGUGGUCCGACAGCGUAAGAAGAUGAAUGCCGAAGGUGAGUCCGAGACACGCUAGCCAAG